CGGGAUACCCAGACAGAAUUAGUACAAAUCCAGCCACGAGACCGUCGUCAACAAGACCGCAACAGCCAUACAUAGCCAAGCACCGCAACGAAGCACAUCAACACUUCUUUCUCCCACCUUCGUCCGACCUUUUCUUUUGGGGAAUAUCCAUGCCGACCUACAACAAGUCGCCAGCAGAUGGUUUUCUUCCCAACGGACUUGCUCCAACAUUUGUGUCUAUCCCUUCACCUACGAACAGGUGAUGCGGCUUGGAGACUCGUCAGAUCUCGUUACGAUGUCCUCGACCUCGCUGCAUAUCUCCACGACGAACUGCCCUCUUCUGCCCACAGUCAUCAGCAGCGGCCGCGCUCAACUCUGAAGUUGCUCAACUCCGCUCUAGAACUUUAAAGGUCAUCUUCUGAUGACCUUUAUAAGUCAGCCUACUUAUCUGCUUAGCGCUAGGAUUACCCUUUACUUAACGCCGCUUCAUGAGCUAAUGUCCGUGCUAUCUCCGGCUACAUUCGGCCUGCCCGUGAACGAUCCCGACACUUAAAUAUAAGGGAGGUCGGAGGAAGAUAGAACUAAGUGGACUUGCUUAAACUAUUAUAUGAUACCCGCCGGGUCGAGUAAUGCUCCAGUAUUUCAAAAGAUAUUUCCUUUCUAUAUACACUACAAGCCUGUCGCGCUAAUAAUGGCCCGACUCGCACCCUAUGCCAACGACCACAGGGACACCAACGGUCCAGGUGACGCGCGACCUAACGCGUUGAAAAUAAUCCGGGAUCAGAAUCUCGACGGACAGCUUGUCGGUAAAAUCUUCCUGAUUACAGGCUGCACGGCUGGCCUAGGUCUUGAGACUGCGCGAGCGCUUCGUGCUACGGGUGCUGAUGUCUACUUCACCGGCCGAGACGUUGCAAAGGGAAAGCAGGUAGUAGAGUCUCUCUCAAAAUAUGACAGACCAGGUAAAAUAGCGUUUAUCGAAAUGCACCUCGACUCACUGGAAAGCGUACGGGCUGCAGCAGGAAAUUUUCUCAAGCAGUCUGGAGGCAAGCUCAACGUACUGAUCGCCAAUGCUGGUAUCAGGGGCUACCCUAAAGCCCAAACAAAGGACGGCUUCGAACAGCAUUUCGGAAUUAAUCACCUGGGCCAUUUUGCAUUGUUUCAGGAGCUCAAAGACGCCCUCAUCGCAUCGUCAACCCCGGCGUUCAACUCUCGUGUGAUCGUACUUACAGCCAACGGACAUCGUCAAUCCGGUAUCCGUUUUGACGAUUAUCACUUUGACAACAGGCCAGAAGGAUACGAACCCCUUCUGGCAUAUGCGCAAUCUAAGACGGCAAACAUAUAUAUGGCAUUCGAAAUUGACCGCCGCUAUGGCGCUAAGGGUCUUCACGCAUUAGCCGUCCAUCCGGGAUACAUAGCUACGACAUCCUUGAAUCGGACAACUUCACCAGAAGACUUUGCUCAAAUUGUGCAGAAUCCAGCAAUUGCGGCUAAGCUGAAGAGUGCGGAGCAAGGCGCUGCGACCACGGUGUGGGCUGCGGUAGCCAGAGAGUGGGAAGGCAAAGGAGAAAAAUUUCUGGAGGAUUGUCAAGAAGGCGAGCCCUGUAGGGAUGAUCAUCUCCGGUUGGCCCCGGGGUAUGCACCGCAUAUCUAUGAUUUCAAGAGUGCGGCGAGGUUAUGGCAGGAGAGCAUGAGGAUGGUGGGUUUAUUACCGUAACUUAAAGUCCGACUUUGUGUAGCCUAUCCUACGCAUAAUACCGCAUAAAACCUACUUGCU